CACGUGUCUGGAGCUGGGGGCGAUAGCGGAUGCAGUGCAGCUGCCAGCGGGGGUGCUGAACGUGGUCACGGGCCUGGGUGCGGAUGCAGGCGCUGCUCUCACCGCACACAAGGGGCUCGAUAAGAUAGCGUUCACGGGCAGCAGUGCAACGGGGAAGCUCGUGCUGCAUGCAGCGGCUGAGAACCUCAUUCCGGUGACCAUGGAGCUGGGCGGCAAGAGUGCGCUGCUGGUGUUUGACGAUGUGGACAUCGACAAAGCGGUGGAGUGGGCCAUGUUCGGGUGCUUCUGGACCAACGGCCAGAUCUGCAGUGCCACCUCCCGCCUGCUGCUGCAUGAGCGCAUAGCGCCAGCGUUCCUAGCGCGCCUGGUGCAGUGGGCGCAAGCCAUUCGAAUCUCCGACCCUCUUGAACCCGGCUGCCGCCUCGGGCCCCUGGUUAGCGAGGCUCAGUACCACAAGGUGGCGGCGUUCAUAGAGGGCGCCAAGGCGGAGGGCGCUGAGGUGCUGUGCGGGGGGAAGCGACCGCAGCACCUGGCGCGCGGGUACUACCUGGAGCCCACGGUGCUGCGAGUGACACCGGGCAUGCGCGUGUGGCAGGAGGAGGUGUUUGGCCCCGUGCUGGCCGUGCACACCUUCUCCGAUGAGCAGCACGCCAUCGCCCUCGCCAAUGACUCCAGCUAUGGGCUGGCGGCAGCAGUGAUAUCAGGCGACCAGGACAGGUGCCGCCGCGUGUCAGAGGCCAUGGAGUGUGGCAUAGUGUGGGUGAACUGCUCGCAGCCGUGCUUCUGCCAGGCGCCGUGGGGAGGCAAGAAGAGGAGCGGCUUCGGCAGGGAGCUGGGCAAGUGGGGACUGGAGAACUACCUGUCAGUGAAGCAGGUGACUCAGUACGUAUCCAGCGACCCCUGGAACUGCCCUGCCCCUACGUUUUCCCGCUUCUCUUCGCAUUCCCUCCCCCUCCAAGUGUCCCCUCUCCUCCCCCUUCCGUUCCGCGCGUUGACGUCUUCCGCCGCGCCAACCGCGCGCGGGGAAGCACCAGGGGACAGCGACUUUCCCGGAGUGGCGCAAGCGGGGUAUUCUGGUGAGCCGGACGCGGAGGGGGAGGCGGUGGGGGAGGGGGAGGGAGAGGGGGAUUUGACAGGCUCGAUCCCGCGGGUUGCGCCUUUACCGGAGGACCUGACAGCCGCGCAGGUGGCAGCGCUGAGCGCGGAGGGCGGGGAGAAGGCGGAGAAGGCGGAGGCGGAGGGGGCGGAGGGGGCGGAGGGGGGCAUUCCGCUGCCGUGCUUCGUGAGCGAGGGGCUGGAGGGGGAGAAGCGGAAGGGGAAGAAGGGCAGCGCGGGGGGCGUGGAGGUGCUGAGUCUGGCGGACGCCAUCAAGAGAGUCAAGGUGGGGCGCCCUGCCGCAUCCCGCCGCCUCGUCCCUUGCCCUGCCACCUCCCGCGCACCCCGCUCGCCCCUUGUCCAGUCGUGCGCGUCACGCGGCUCUUGUCUCCACUGCCGCACCGCCGCAUCCGCAACCGCUCACCUUCGCUCUCCGCCCCCGCUUCCCGCCUCUCCUUCCUCACUACCAUCCCUCCCCAAUUUCGCCCUACCCUUCCCCCCUUUUCCCCCCUCCCCACGCGCCCUGCGGGUGGCGCUGGUCGCGCGCGUGUGGCGUGGCGGGGUGCGCGCGGCAGGAGGGGGCGAGGGCGAAAUGGUGCGCGGAUCAGCGCAGCUCCCCAGAGGCACGGGCAAGGCGGUGCGGGUGGCGGUGUUUGCGGAGGGGGAGGAGGCGGAGGCGGCAGCAGCAGCAGGGGCGGACGUGGUGGGGGGGGCGGACCUCAUAGCGGAGGUCAAGGCCAGUGGUGGCAAGUUGAGUUUCGACAAGUGCAUAGCCACGCCUGCGCUCAUGCCCAAGCUCGGUCAGAUCGCGCGCAUCCUAGGUCCACGUGGCCUCAUGCCCAACCCCAAGAUGGGCACGGUGACGGUGCAUGUGGGGGAGGCAGUGAGGGCGGCCAAGCGUGGCAAGGCGGACUUCAAGACAGACAAGACGGCCAAUGUGCACGUGGGCAUCGGCAAGGUGAGCUUCCCGGACGAGGCCCUGGCGGAGAAUGCAGCGGCGUUUGCAGCGGCUCUGCUGGCAGCCAAGCCCGUGGGGCUCAAGAAGAGCUCGCGCUUCUUUGGCUACUUCACCACCUUCACGCUCUCCUCCACUAUGGGCAAGGCUUUCAACCCCAACCGCAAGCUCGAUGGGGUGAUUCCUCGGUUCAUCACUUCCCUCGCACCCUCGUCUCGCUUGACCGUCCGCGCCACUCCCUCCGCCAUCCGCCCAGCCAUGUCAGGUCGUGAGCCGCGCCGUCAGCGCCGACCGCUCGACGACGAGGCUGUGCCGUUCCCCGACGACGACUCCGCGUCGCGCCGCGCCGACAGCGCCCCGCGCCCUCCGCUCACGCAGGCGGGCGAGCUGCAGGCGCUCGCCGUGGGCGCCGCCAUGACCGUCGGCGCGCUGUGGCUCAUGCGCUCCUUCGACCUCUUUUAG